AUCUCUCCAAGCACCAGCCUGUUUUCCUGCCUCCAUCCCAGCUCUGCUGUCCUUCCCUCCCUGCCCAAGCCCCUACCUCGCUCUGCAGCCCAGGACAGUGACUGUUCCCAGGAGGAGGGCGGAGGAGCUGCGAGGUGGAUGAGAAAAGGAAAAUGCAGACAGAGAAGCACCUCACGGGAACAUUGGUCCUCUCGGUCUUCACCGCGGUGUUGGGCUUCUUCCAGUACGGCUACAGCCUGGGGGUCAUUAACGCCCCCCAGAAGGUGAUAGAAGCGCACUACGGGCGCGUGCUGGGCAUCGUCUCCCCAGACAGAUAUGCCACCAAUGCCUCUGGGGAGGAUGGCACGUUCCUCCAGGCUGGAACAGAGGGCACACUCCCACCCCUGACUGACAUCAGUGAGGAUCUCGCUACCUCCCCACACAUCCUCACCAUGUACUGGUCCCUGUCUGUGUCCGUGUUUGCCAUCGGCGGCAUGGUUUCCUCCUUCACUGUGGGCUGGAUCGGCGACCGGCUCGGGAGGGUGAAAGCCAUGCUGGUGGUGAACGUCCUUUCCAUUGCUGGGAACCUCCUCAUGGGGCUGGCAAAAUUUGGGCCAUCCCACAUCCUCAUCAUCUCCGGCAGAGCGGUCACGGGGCUGUACUGUGGGCUCUCCUCCGGACUCGUGCCCAUGUACGUCAGCGAGGUCUCUCCCACGGCCCUUCGAGGAGCGCUGGGGACGCUGCACCAGCUCGCUAUCGUCACAGGUAUCCUCUUCAGCCAGGUCCUUGGACUAGACUUUCUCCUGGGCAAUGAUGAGAUGUGGCCCCUGCUCCUUGGUCUGUCUGGUGUGGCUGCCCUGCUGCAGUUCUUCCUGCUCUUACUGUGCCCCGAGAGCCCCCGAUACCUUUACAUCAAACUGGGGAAGGUGGAGGAAGCUAAAAAAAAUUUGAAAAGGCUUCGAGGAAACUGUGAUCCAAUGAAAGAGAUUGAAGAGAUGGAAAAGGAAAAGCAAGAGGCUGCUAGUGAGAAGAAAGUCUCCAUAAAACAGCUUUUCACCUCUUCCAAGUACAGGCAGGCUGUCAUCGUGGCACUGAUGGUGCAAAUAUCCCAGCAGUUCUCAGGAAUCAAUGCGAUCUUUUACUACUCCACAAACAUUUUCGAGAGAGCUGGGGUUGAACAACCAGUUUAUGCAACCAUCGGUGUUGGAGUGGUGAACACUGUCUUCACUGUUAUCUCUGUCCUUCUGGUGGAGAAGGCAGGCAGGCGGUCCCUGUUCCUGGCUGGUUUGAUGGGCAUGUUAGUCAGCGCUGUGGCCAUGACAGUUGGGCUUGUGCUGCUGAGCCAGUUUGCCUGGAUGAGCUAUGUCAGCAUGGUUGCGAUCUUCCUCUUCGUCAUCUUCUUCGAAGUGGGGCCCGGGCCCAUUCCCUGGUUUAUUGUAGCUGAACUGUUCAGCCAAGGCCCACGCCCUGCCGCCAUUGCUGUCGCUGGCUUCUGCAACUGGGCCUGCAACUUCAUCGUGGGAAUGUGUUUCCAGUAUAUAGCGGAUCUAUGCGGACCAUACGUGUUUGUGAUCUUCGCGGGUCUGCUCCUCGUCUUCUUUCUGUUUGCGUACUUCAAAGUACCGGAGACGAAAGGAAAGUCCUUUGAGGAGAUCGCAGCCGCGUUCCGCCGCAAGAAGCUCUCGGCCAAAGCCAUGACUGAGCUGCAAGACCUGCGACGCAGCGAGGAGGCAUAGACAUCCCACGCACCCAGAAAGGAGGGACUGGGCAUGGACCUCCUUCGGGAACCAUGAGAAAAACGUUGGGCAAAAGUCUCAUUUCACAAAAACCUUGCAGCUGGCAGACCAGGAGGACCCAUCCAUUGGAUUUCUUCUGGUUGCUGUGGUUCACACCUCCCAGCCACAGGUGCUAACUUGGCCUUUUACUCUAAGACACUUGGGACAACUGGGCUGCAGGAAGAGCCAGGGAAAGGACUGGAGGAGUAUGUUACAUGUGUGUCUCCAUGCCCUAUGGGAAGAGCCCAUUGGGACAAUGAGCUUACCAGACGGCACUGAGCAGGGCCAUCUCUUAGCUGAGAUGAAGGAAAGGGGGCUGGCUGAUGCUGCAGUGUCAUGUUUUCACUUUUUUAUCCCCUGCUCUCUGCUUCAUUCUGCUGAGAGACCUGGUGCCUUGAGAAACCAAUUGCUAGUGCAGUUGUGUCACCAGCACACAGCACUGAUCACCCCAGGUGCUAAGGAAAACAGGUGGAGCAAACUCCCCCUCACUCUUGCUUCUGCAGAGGAAGACGGUGGAUCCCACCUGAACUGGUUGGGAUGAUCCUCCCUUGCUUUGCUAUCUGUGCAUUAUGGAAAUUCUGUCUGAUCUCAUACAGAUUUCUCAGUCACAGUAUUUUUUGGAGAGUCUUAGAAACUGUGGCUGGGCUGAUGGGUAUUUUCCUUACAAUUCAGCCAGACUACUUAGCUCCCUCUUUCCUCCCAGGAAGCCUCUCCUCUCUCCCUUCUUGCUGCUUCAGCACAAGGCACAGCACAACACUGACCACACAAGAGGCCUGGGCACUCCUGGUCUCCGUGUGAGGAGACUGGAGUCCUGCUGCCACCCCUUCCAUGGUGUGACCAUUGCCAGGGCACCUCCAUCCCCAUCUGCAACUUCCUUCCCUUCCUUUCACGCAGUGCUCAAGACCCACAGGCUCCAGGUCCAGCCAAGGGCUCAGGCUGCCCAUAAAGCAACAAUUAAUGAUGACCCAAAGAAGAAAUGGGUAUUGAAAGGUUAACUGGAAGGUGCCACUUACCCAACUCCCACUUUGCAUCACUUAGCAUCUUGCUGGCUGGGUGUGCUUCAGCCAAGAUCGUGUGCAAGCAGGAGGUUGUGCUGUUUCCAUAGCCUUGUUUGUGCUCCUUUUGCUUCUUUAUGAGACACUUUUAUGUGGCAGAAUUAAACUCCAAGGAUUUUUCUUCCUUUUUUGGGGAGAUAGUUGGAACCAUUGUAAAAGCCUGCUCUCUGCUUGACUUUUAAGAUUUGCAUAUUACUUGUUGUGAUACCAGGUUACUUUCUAGCAGCUUUCUCGGGGUAGAAACCCAUUAUUUAUUUAGAGAUGAAACACCAGCAUUGCUUGGUCACUGUGUGCUCACCACAGCUCCUGGUGAAGCAGUGGCCAAAAUGUAACAGAGGAUCAAGCAUAAUGAAAAGCACAUCAUAGAAGGGCUGAGGAGGAUCAUGCUGCUGCUAUGGGUUUGGUUUUAGGGGAGGUUUAUGCUCCUUUUUGUGAACAUUUUUCCUUUGUAGACUUUACUCUCUUGGUACUAAGUCCCUACAGCCAAUUCUCAUCACUUCCAAGUGAUGGGAAGUGCAGCCACGAGGUCCACUGGGAAAAAUGUCUGGCCACAGUGUGUGCACUGAAGCAGUAAGAUUGCACCAAAGGCUUUGCUGGAGCAACUGCUGGGAUUUAACUAGAGGAGAACUGGGUCACUGCUGUCAUGUGCUGCAGUGGUGAGUGACCUGGGUCUGACACGGGGCAUGCAGGGCUGCUGGAACCAGGCUGGGGCUGAGAAGAGAGCAGCAGAGCUGGGGCACAGGUCUGUGUCGGGCUGUCCAUCUGUGUGCUGCACACAGGUCCCCCCAGGUGAGACCAAUGGACAAAGCAGACUCAGAAGCUCUCCACAGUGUUUACUGCCAUAAAUAUUAUAAUGGAUUGUCUGAAUGUACAAAAAGGAGAAAAAAAGAGAAUUCUUGCUAUCAGCAUUGUUAUCUAGGUCUGUUAGACAAAAGAUGAACAAUAUCUAUGGCAGGUGUUGGCUUGCGCUGCUGUUUCUUCCCCUGUCUGUACAUCCCAGACACACAUCCAAUGCCAGAUGGGAGCUGUUUUCCUAGCAGGACACAUUUGCUCCAUAGGUGGUCAAAGAUGUGCAAGCCCUCAGCUAAAUCCCUUUGAAAAGGGUGGUCCAGAGGUGAGACUGUGGGGUUGGAGGCAGCCCUGGAGCUGGUGGGAGCUGGCUCUGGGCCAGGAUGAACCCUGACUGGAGGGGUGCCGCUGUCUGGCCCCAGCUGACCCCGCUGCCCACUCCACCCCACUUGUGAAGCACCUCUGCUUGCAUGGUGCUGGUGCAGCCUAAAACCUGGUGCUGGGGCCUCUCUAGGCACGAGAGGCAGGAGGAGCAUUUGGGGAGAGGUGAGGUUCAAAGCAGAUUUGCUGCUGCUCUGAGGGCCCAGGCAGGCUGAGUCCCCUGUGAUCAUACAGGGGGUACAAAACUAUUUCCUAAACUUCUGCUAAGUUUUGUCCUAUUUUCUGCGGGGCAUCAGUGACGCUGCUGGCAACUCAGCAGUGAGGGGCCUUAUUGAUCAACAUUGAGCAGUCAGUCCUUGUUUUCCUGUGUCACUGGUGAAUGACAAUAGAAAGCCUGAUCCAAUUAUUGUAAUGCAGCACAUAAUUCAGUUUAACACAGCCCACAGCAUUAACAUUGCCCAUGGCUACAGUGCUGAACUUCCUGGAAGUGCUGCCUAGGAGUGCAGAGGCACCUAAGGAAAAUGGACUGCCAGGCUGUGUUUCCUUGCAGCAGCUGUCAUGUGGAAGGUAAGGGAGUUUUCUUCUUCCAGCCUGGGACAGGAUGAGCAGAGUGAGGCACUGCUGACCCUUUGUCCUCCCCAUGGCUGCAGUGGAAGGAUCAAGCUGGGCUGAACUAUCACAAGAGCACUUUAACCAUAUGCCAGCACAGGACAGGGUCAUUAGAGUUAGUUAAAUCUGACGAUAUGUUUACUUUUGUCUUGUCCUGAUAAUUAGGACUGUACACUUUAUCUAUCCUUGCCACAUGCAAGUUCCAGUUAAAACUUGUCCUUGAGACACGGCUUGUUGAAUCAUUAUUUUUAUCUCUCACCAUUACAGUUUUACUAAGUUGCUAAUCAUUAAGAAAAUUUAAAAGAGCAAGUCAAACUUAUUAGCUAAAUGGUUGUUGCAUUUUAGUUAACGUGUUAAAUAUGUUCUCAUACCAUGCCUGGCUAAUAAUGCAAUAUAAUUAAUAAUCCCUGAGAAAGCAUCUUGUCAGCAAGAGCUUUGACAGUGUUUUCCUAAUGUGCUGAGAUGACAGCCAUUAAGACUUUUUUGUUGUGCCAACGGUAUCUAGUCUCCCACUCUCUAGGCUUAAUUUUAAAAUUAGUUUGACUUCCCUAAUUCAAUAAACUCAGGACAUUUGACUCCAUUAAUGCUCUCCACACUAAUUUAUCACAGGUUUUUCUGCCUCACUUCAACUUGUUUUUCAUCACUGAGAAGCACUACCCUGUAUCUCUGGAGUCAAACCACUGAUAAUGAUGAAGCUAACCCAAGUACUACAUAUACAGGGACAAAGUCUUUGAGGUAUGAAGAAUUUUCUGAGGUGUUCAGUGUGCUUAUCUUUCACUGGAAUCUAUGGGAGCUGAGGAAUUUCAAGGCAGGACAUCAGGGCUGGAUCCAGCAGAAUGUGUAAGCAUCAGAUUAAAUUUAAGGUAACUGUGCUCAAGUGUUUCACUAAAUCCUGAAGCAACACUUGCAGAUUUUACCCAGAGGCACAGCCUGAGUAGCUGUGCUGAAAAGAAAGGAAUCUCCUCCCCAGCACUAGAGCAAUAAAUCCUGGCUGUAGAUCAGCAGUCCUUAAAUUUUACAGGCUGUAGAUACAACUCCAGACCCGAGGCUUGGGUAGUGUCCUGCGGUUUUGCCUCCCUGCAGGAGGGAGAGAGAGCGGCUGUUCAGGAGAGAGAGCGGCUCUGUGACUCUGAAAAGCAUCAGGUCCCUGCGGGUCGUGGGUGGGAUAUCACCGCUCCAGCACAGUUGCAGCCCCAGGAGGAGGGAACAGCUGGAGUUACUUUGUGCUUUCCCUUUGGGGAAGUUACAAUUACAGUGGUUCCCGCCAGCUCACAGUGUCACUGCACUGUCACCGCUUGCCUCUGAUCCCCAGCGUGUGCCCAGGGUGAUUCCCUGAUUCGGACAUGGGCUUGGCACAGGAAGCUGACAGCGAACAGCAGUGACAGCAGAGUGGGUGCCUGUGGCAAGGUCACUGCAGAGGGUCCCUGACCCCAUUCCUGCCACACAGAUACACCUACAUAGGAACUCUGAAGUCCUUCUGAGCGUGACACUGUCCUGUGGAGGGGGAUCACUGAUUCACAGCCUCUCUCACGUCCUCCUGCUCAAGGCUGCGCACACAAGCUGCUGUGAACCCUCACCCCAACAGUCAGGACACAGCAGGAUCCCAGGAAAGUCAGCUCAGCAGCUGAAACAGAGACACUGCUCAGGCUGGAACAGGGCUGUUUACACCACUCCGCUCAUGGCCUGGUAUUUCUAAUCGUGUGACCUGACCCCAUGGCCCAGAGGUGUAAACACCACCUCCUGCCUUCCAGUUGGCCGACUGGAAACGAGGUGGGAUGUUUCUGGAAACAAGGCGGCAUGUUUCCCCCAGCACUGGCUGAAAUGCAUAUUCUCACGGCUGGGCUUUGAUGAGGAGCUUUAGGGCAUCAGACACUUCUCCAAAACAUAACUGAGAACACACACAACUCACUAAGUUUAAAUCUUCCAAAAGUUUUCUAAUCCCUCUUCACUUCUUAAAGACACAGAUAGGAGAAGCAAAGCUUGAUAACAUCCUGAGCCUACUUGAGAGAAAAGGUGUGUGUGUGCAACACUGGAAAGAAAACGCCUUUAAAUGUGAAAGACCAUGGUAUUUUAUUUACAAAUAUGCUUUGAACCCAAUUGCUGUUCUUGUAUAGAAAAGUGGGAUAAUCACAUUAAUACUAUCAAGAAACACACUUCAGAAAAUAAAUGUUCAUCCAGACAAAGGAAGGAUGCCUACAGGUAAUGACUGAUGGAUUGGAUUUCCAGUAUUUUUUAUUGACUCUCAAAUAAAGGCUGUCUUGGAAUA